CGCCGGCCAAGAUUAAACCCGGAGUGCUAGAACUAUCCUAAACCUCAAGGCCUCAAUCUCUCCAAUCUUAUCCCGCUCGCAAGGGAAUCAAAACAAAAAACAAGGUUCCAUUUUCAUUCGGAAAUGACGAAGGCAUCAUUCAAAGCUCGAUAUGAGACGGACAAAGCCGCCGCCGCCACUACGGUCGCCUUCAACGCCGGCGACUUUAAGCUCCGAGCGUCCAUGACCGAUGCUACUGUUGUCAACGGUCCCAGUUUAAACGGCUUAGCUCUUGCCGUUGAGAAACCUGGCUCAUUCAUCAUCGACUACAACGUCCCCAAAAAGGACAUUCGGUUUCAAUUUAUGAACUCAAUCAGGGUUAUGGAGAAGCCGUUGAAUUUGAAUUACAUUCAUUUUCAUGGAGACAAUCGAACAAUAUUGGAUGGGACUUUGGUGUUUGAUUCAGCCAACAAGGUGUCGGCUAAUCACGUGAUGGGGUCGGGGAGUUGUAAAUUGAAGUACACUUAUGUGCAUGGAGGACUCGCUACUUUUGAGCCAAGCUAUGAUACAUCAAAGAACGCAUGGGAUUUUGUGGUUUCACGUAAAGUUUACGGGGACGACGUGUUUAGGGCUACUUAUCAGACGACGAGCAGGAAUUUGGGGCUCGAAUGGUCCAGGAGUUCAAAGUUAAAUGGAUCUUUUAAGAUUUGUGCAUCUCUCUGUUUGCUUGAAGAACGCAAAAUGCCUAAGUUAAGUGCUGAGACUUCGUGGGACUUCGAGAUGUGAUUUCGUUUUUUUUUUACAAUUAUUCAGAUACAAUUACUUUUGGCUAUCCAUCAUCAUUGGGCUCAAUCUAAUGUUUUCUAGCUGAAUUUGUAGAUUCACAAGUGGGAUGAUCGUUUUGAUAUGGUUAACUAUUAAAGGUUUAUGGUUAAAUGACAUGAGUAUUGACCCACAGCUGCUUUUCUUCCGCUUCAAGACAUAUCCUUGUUUUUAUGCCUUGACUUUACCCAAAUUGAUAAUUUGCAUGUACUCUCCCCCUUUAACGCUCCACCAAAAUGGUGGAUCCAUUAUCUUGUUCCUAGCUUUAUUUGGUCAUUUGGAGAUACUUUGAGAUAUUGAUUGAAAUCAUUUGAAGCUCCUGCCA